CCCAGUUGGUUAAAGUCUGCAACAAACUCAAUAAGCUUCAAAAAUCAGCAAUGGAAGACAGUUUCAGAGUUCGAGUUGACAAAACCUUUGGUUCUCUCUCCUGCUCUUCUACUGCUUAUGCUCCUUCUUCUUCUUCCCAAACCCUAACUUCCUCUCUCUGGUGUCUCACCGACGACGAGAUUCAGAAGCGUCAAUGCCCUCCAGAAUCCGAUGCUUCCUUCCCCGCCGAAGACGACGGUGUUUUUCCAUCCAAUGUUGACAAAUGCUUCUUCGCGGCGGCGGUUAAGAAUAAAUCAGUGUCGUCUGAGAUCAACCCUAACCCUAGUCCCAGUGGUUUGGUUUGCGGUAAAGAGGAUCUAACCGAGCUCGAGAAUGAUGGAGGAAGCGGGAAAAGCGCGUCGAGUCGGUUUUGUGAGGAUGCGGGUGGUGAUGAGGAUGAAUUGGAUGUUAGGAACUCUAUUGGCAAGGACUCUACCCUUGAUUUUGAGGAAGAAGAGGAUGAAUAUGACAAGCUGGCUGUUGGAUGUGAAAAAGUUAGUCAUCAUUUGUACAUUUCUGAUGUGACUGAUUGCACGUCUCAUAUGAAUUCCUAUAAUGAGCUUCCUGACACAUUCAAGGAGGCCUCAAGAGACCCCCGUGCUAAUCAUUUGGCUGCAAAGCUUAGGCUUAAAGAAGAUGCGGAAACAGCAAGAAGUUUCAAUUCUUUGCAUGUUUCUGAACAAACUGAGGAUGUUUCUGUUGCUCAGAAUAAUGCUCCUGAAGAUGCAAACCUUCCCAAGUCAAUAUUGAAGAGAAAAGGUGAUCAGAUUGAUUUGAACAUUGGAAAAUGUGUGCGGUUUGAGCCCAUCUUAAGCGAUGAUCACAUCCCAUCUGAAGAUGGUAAUAAAAUUGUCAUGUCAGACUACACUUCUUUUAAAGAACCGUCUUUGCAAUAUGAUUCUUCAUUGGUACCAGAUUAUAUACGACAUCCUUUGAGGUAUACUCAUUAUACAUUUGAUUCAUCAAGUGAUAUGAAUGAAAAAGCAAAUCGUCAGGCAUACAUGGACUUCCUUAAUGUGGUGAAAAAGUCCAAGUCAGAACCUGAUGAAGCUCCUGCUGAUCUUACAAAACCUGUGAUAUUCAAUCCGAAGAAAAAAGGUGGUGAUGCUUGUAUGAUUUCUAGCCACACCAUUGAUCAAGAAAUGGAGGAAUCAUUGCACAAGAAAACCUUCCCUCUAAUUAUUGCUGCUGGGAACACUGAAGAUAAUGACGCUUCUGUAAUGGAGGUUGAUGAGUCAGAAACUCCAGUCCUGAAAGUUGGCAGUGGAAAACGAACAGCUCGUAAAUAUCGCAACAAACUUACUGCGCUGUCUAAUGAGCCUGAUACUUGAAGUACGGGUAGAUAUUACUGUAUGCUAGGUUAUCUAACUAGUUAAGUUUAUUGAAUUUUUCACAUUUCGCAGGAGUAAAAGAUUAAAAAGUGUUAUUGCUUCGUAUAUGUCUUGUAUUUGUUGCUGCAAAAAAACCAGCCUAGAAUCAGUACUUCUAAUGUACCAUGCUUUUGGUCUUUCUGUAUUUCAGGAGCAUUGAUGAUAAGUAGUUAUCCUUUACCUGGCCAAAUUACCAAA